AUGGAGAGGUUAGAUGAGCACGUUGGUGACGGUCCGUCCAGGACGGGUGCACAGAUGAGCUCUGAUUCUGCACACAGUAAGAGCACAUGGGAGAAUCCCCCCUGUGAGACCCCGGGCACGAACAGGAGCAUCACCAGAGGCAGUCACCGCUUCGGCUCACUGAGUCAUCAUUCAUUCUUCUCCAGACACAAUCCUCAUCCACACAGAGUCAGACAUAUAGAAGGUCUGAAUGGCAAGCCGGUGUGUAUGGUAAAUGAUGACUGGUACGGCUACACCCCUCUCUAUCCACAUCCACUCAUCAAAAGUCAGAUACCUGUGAGCCGUUCCUCAGAGUUCCUCACACCUAACAUGAGCUCAGAUAGCUCUGGACAACGUGCGGUGUUUCUCUCUGAGAGCUGGCGUGAGGAACUGAAAGAUUUGGCCACUAAAGUUCAUCUCACUUCUGAGACCCACAAUGACAAGAGAGAGAAACUGAUAGAAGAGGAGAUUCCUCGCAGGAAGACGCAGUAUUCCGCUCAGUCCGGGCGCAUUAUUCCAUCUACAUCCUGGGGAAAGAAACGCAACAGCAGGACAUCACACAAACGUCUGGGAACACAGCGGCAACAGAUGAAUCCUCUCGAAGGAACUGAGCUCAGGGUGCUGGAGCUGUUAUGUCAGAUUUUGCAGACUGAUUCUCUCUCUAUGGUUCAGCAGUGGCUUUUGUUGGCUGAUGAAAGAGAGAAAGAACUAGUUCAGGGUUUACUCCAACAAGCCAUGGUCAACAGCAGCGCUGCGAUCCAACAAACAUCUGGAUCAGAUUUUCUGCCUUUAACAUCUGAUGAUGUGUCUCGCAGUUCAUCUGUCAGUCAACGUCCAAGAAAGACCAGCUUAAAUCCCGGAGAGAUGUCACAGGACAAACCCGAACGCAUCGGUGAAGCAGAAGUUCUCACGAUUCGUCCAGAGAGCACACAACCUCACUCAUGAAUUGUUAUGUUUUACUCAACAAUUGAUACAUUUGUUGUUUUAGCAUUUGUAUAUCUUAAUCAUGCAUAUAGAUGUAGUUCAAUAUUAAUUUCUCAUUUCUUACAAAUAAAGCAUAAAAACGCU